UUAGGACAGGAGAAAAACAUUCUUAAGUAAUGUCAGGAAGCUGGUAUUUUAUUUUAAAACUAAUUGCUAUUUUUAUUUAUUUAGAGAAUUAAAAGCCAACUCCAGACCACUGCUUGCUUGUCCUGAUUUGUGAGGGAUUGAUGGAGAGUUGGUAAGGAGAGGAAUCAGAACAGGAGCGCCUCCCUCUGCCCCCCAAACACAUAAUCAGUUUUUGUAUGCAGUGCCAGUUCUGCUCUUUUGUCUGUUCAAGCCAAGAAGUACUCUUAAGGCAUCACCAGCUACGACAUAGAAGAGGAUUUCAUUUGCCCUGUGUUUACAGUGACUGCGUCUGUUCGUUUAGGACACGAGGGGCAUUGAAGUCUCACCUCAGCAGAUCACAUAACAGGGCUAAGAAAAGGCAGGAGAUCUCAACAUUUUUUUGUGAUUUUUGUGAAUUUAAGGAAAACUGUUCACAGCAUACAUUUAUUUCACAUAUUUUAAGGCACUUAAAAAAACAUCAGACUGUAUCCUGUCCUUUCCAAAAAUGUGACUAUGUUACCAACAAUUUAUCAACCUUUACGUCACACACAAGCAGAAAGCACAAAAACUCAAAAGAUAUAAAAAACUGUAUUAGACUGAUUUCUCAUGCAGAUGCAUGUCCUAGUGAAAGUACCUCCCCUGAUGAAUCCUUAAAUACCUCUCAGGAGCCAGAGACAUUACCAAGUGGUUCAGGUGUAGCAUCAAGUGAUAAACAGGACAAUGAGUUUGUAGAUUACCAAUGUCUUGAACAUAAAAUAGCUAGACUUUUUCUAUGCAUGCAAACAUUGUUACAUGUUUCUAAAAGUGCUUUGCAGAGAAUUAUUGAGGAAAUUAGUGACAUUUUAAAAUUUUCUCAGGUUCAUUCAUUUCAAAGAAUCAAAGAGGUGCUUGCUGAACAGAACAUUGAGGCAGAUGAUGAUGUAAUUAAAAAUAUAAAUGAUGCACUUUUCAAAACCAACGCAUUAAUUAUCUCAACAGAACCAAAAGGUGCAUUAUCUACUGAUUACAAGAGAAAUUUUUAUUUCAAGAAUAAUUUUCAUGUAAUUGAGCCUAAAGAGUACACCUACAAAGCGAGAACUAGAAAUACAUUUGUUUAUGUCUCAGUAAACCAGGUCUUGGAGAACUUAUUGAAAGAGAAAAGUUUCUUUGAAAAGUUAGCAUUUGAUAAAGAAAUUAGUGAAGGUUACAGAUCAUUUAGAGAUGGGCAGUAUUUCAAAAACAACAAGCUUUUAGGAUUGCAAGAUACUUGCAUUAGUUUAGCUUUGUAUAUUGACGACUUUGAAAUAUGCAACCCUUUAGGAACAUCUCGAAAAAUUCAUAAAAUAACUGCCGUUUAUUGGGUUGUACUCAACUUAUCUGCAAGGUUUCGUUCUACAUUGCCCUCAAUACAGCUUGCUCUUCUUGGUAAAAGUGUGGACGUUAAACAGUUUGGGUAUGAUGCUUUUCUUUAUCCACUCAUUGAGGAUUUAAAAUGUCUUGAAAGCACAGGGGUGUACGUUGAAUCUUUAAAUAUUUUUUUGAAGGGAACUGUAUUUUGUGUCUGUGCAGAUAACCUUGGGGCUCACAGCCUUGCAGGCUUUUUGGAGUCCUUUAAUGUCGACAAGUUUUGUCGAUUUUGUAGUAUUGAUAAACAUCAGAUUGCAACUCUUGAUCCUACAGAAUUUCCAUUAAGAACUGUGGAACAGCAUAACAUUUUUCUAGAAGAGCUUGAGGCUGGUCAAAGACAAAGUGUGUGUGGUGUCAAAGGUUCCUGUGCCUUAAAUGCGUUGUCCUAUUUUCAUCCAGUCACUGGAUUUCCUCCAGAUAUAUUACAUGAUUUCUUUGAAGGUGUUGUCCCUGUGGAAUUGUGUUUGUGUCUUCAAGAUUUAAUCAGAAAGGGUUUUAUCACAUUUGAAGGACUAAACAAACAUAUAAAAUCAUUUCCAUAUAAAUUCUCUGAUAAGCUCAACAAGCCACAACAAAUUACAAAAGCUAGUUUUGGAACAGGAAGAGUGAGUGGCAAUGGACAUGAAAACUGGACACUUUUGCGUUUGCUGCCUUUUAUCAUUGGGACCCGUAUACCAGAACAUGAGCCAUCAUGGGAAAUAUUGAUGGACCUUAAGGAGCUUGUUGAGAUUGUUGUCUCGACAACUCUAUCAGAAGAAAUAUUGUCAUACUUGGACACCAAAAUAUUGGAUCAUCGACGACUACUGACAGAGACUUUUCCUGAUUUUAAUUUGAAGCCAAAACACCACUAUAUUGAACAUUAUAGUCAUCUUGUGCGUUGUUUUGGUCCCUUAGUUGAUUUGUGGACUAUUCGAUUUGAAUCUAAGCACAACUUUUUCAAGAAAACUGUGCAUGAUGUCCAAUGCUUUAAGAAUAUACUACUAACACUUUCUUCGAAGCAUCAACAAAUGAUGGCAUACUUCUUAGAUGGACACAGUCUUUUUAAACCAAGUCUGCAUGUUGAUAAUAUUGACACAGUUGACAUCUGUUUCUAG